AUGGCACACUUUAUUUUGGUGGCUUUACUACUGUCAGGCGUCGCUGCUUACCCUGGCUGGGGGCAGCAAGGAUAUGGAUCUCAGGGUGGCCAAUCCGGAGGAGGAUCUAUGAGGCCUGGUGGAGGUUCUGGGAUGCAGGAUCAGCCAAGUGGAAGUUCUGGAAUGCAAGAUCAGCCAGGUGGAGGUUUUGGGAUGCAGGGUCAGUCUGGAGGAGGUUUUGGGAUGCAGGGUCAGUCUGGAGGAGGUUUUGGGAUGCAGGGUCAGUCUGGCAGAGGUUCUGGGAUGCAGGGUCAGUCUGGCAGAGGUUCUGGGAUGCAGGGUAUGCCUAGUGGAGGUUUUGGGAUGCAGGGUCAGUCUAGCGAAGGUUUUGGGAUGCAGGGUUCUCAGUCAAUGGGUGGGGGAAGAUCACGGCCACGUAGAGGCAAUGGUAGAGGCAGAGGCUCUGGAUCAAGGGGACCCAGCUUUGGAUCAAUGGGACCCAGCUUUGGAUCAAGGGGACCCAGCUUUGGAUCAAUGGGACCCAGCUAUGGACCUGCAAAUGAUGGGGACUAUUUCCCAGGCGGCCCAGACAUGGAAGACUGGGACAUGAAUGAGGCUGAACAACCAUGGAUGCCUGAGGGCCCUCCUAUGGGACCAGAGGGAGAGGAUCAGAACGAUGAAGGAUGGUUUAAUGAAGACGACCAGGUUGAUGGACCCCCAGAGUUUCCUGGCAGAGGGGACAAAAGAGCACAGUUUCGCCAGAGAUUCGGAGGACAACAGAGAGAAAUGGGGUUUAACGGGAGGCAACCAAAUAGGAGGAGACCAGGGGGUGCAGGUGGGAGAGCUCCGUUUGGAAUAAAACCAGUGACACCCAACAUGAUGGAUAUCAUGCAGUUUACCCCCAUUGUCAAGGUUGACAACUUGACUCUACCAAACAAUGCGAGUCUGCCACUGAAGGAGGGAGAGCACAUGUUCCUACUGCCACCGUACUUCCUACAGGGCCGGCAGAAUGAACCCCAAGCGUACAAGUUUGGAUCCCAAUCCCAACCCCAAUUAUUUGGUCCCCAGCCUUAUGUGAAGUACAACUACAACCCAAAUGCUGCUGCGGCAAACGAAAGGAUUACCUUUGAAUACGGAACUGCAUCACCUUUGCCAUCAUUUCUGAAAGCUAGAGUUUAGUGAUGAUGCCAGUGAGCAUAUCUGGAAAAUGUGGCAUAUAGAAAAUGAGAAGCAUAAUAUAUAGAUAUAUAGAUGUGAUUAUGUCUUCAUUCUUUUGCACGACUCUAGAAUGUUCUUUCAAAACUGUAUCAGAACUAUGAUACUGUAGA